AUGGUUAUAACUCGUUCACAUUAUCAACAAUUAUUUCAACAAGAAGCAAAACGAUUAUCUGAUAUUGAUAUUGAAUUUUCUUCUUAUUCCGAAUUUUCUCUCAAUCACAUUGUUUAUCAUCCAGCAUUUUUAUCAGUUAUGGAAGAACAGGUUAUGAAUACUUUAGCUAAAGAACAAAUUAAAAAUCUUUCUAAAUUUGGUGGUGCUCCAGAUGAAGAUGUUAUUAAAUGGAUACAAGAUAUGGAAGCAGUAUUUGAUCGAGCACAAUUACAACCAUCAAAUAAAUUUAUUGCCAUACAAUCAAAUCUCACUGAUGCUGCUGAAAAAUGGUUUCGUUAUAACAAGUCCAGUAUUACUGAUUGGUUCAUAUUCAAAGCCGAAAUUGUUAAAGCUUAUCAACCAUCACUUAAUCAAAUCUUAUUAAAAAUGGAAAAACGACGACAAUCACCUAAUGAAUCUGUUAUGACAUAUUAUCAUGAUAAACUUCAAUUAUGUUUACAAGCUGAUUUGAAUAUAAGCUCGGCGAUGAUACUCCAUCAUUUAACUAAAGGAUUAAAUAACUCUUUAGUCCCUCACCACAGUGGGCAACUUUCGCAUAGCAGGCGGACAUGUAAUUUUUUUUCCUCGAAAAUGGGUUCUUAUUGGUCAGAACGAGAUAUAUGUCAUUUAGAAAACCAACUUUAA